AUGGAUUCCUCUGAACAAGCUCAUAAUGGUGAACAUGAGCAUAAUGGGGCUGCGGAUUCUUUGCCGCCUCCCCCGCCCGUUCCUCCUAAUGUAACUCCAAUAAAAGCGGAAUCAGAACAAGCAGCGAAGAAGGUUUUUCGUGCUCCAAUGGCUAGACGAGGCUCGGGGACCAAGGGGAAUAAAGUUCCCAUUCUUACUAAUCACUUCAAAGUGAAUGUCUCCAAUGUUGAUGGGCACUUCUAUCAUUACAGUGUGGCCCUGGCCUUUGAAGAUGGUCAUCCUGUAGAUGGGAAAGGUAUUGGAAGAAAAGUGUUGGACAGAGUUCAGCAGACGUACGACACUGAGUUGGCAGGAAAAGAAUUUGCUUAUGAUGGGGAGAAAAGCCUUUUCACUGUUGGUUCACUUCCAAGAAACAAACUUGAGUUUACUGUUGUGCUUGAUGAUGUUACGUCGAAUAGGAACAAUGGGAAUGCUAGUCCUGGAGGACCUGGAAGUCCUAAUGAUAACGACAAGAAAAGGACAAGGCGCUCAUAUCGAUCCAAGACUUAUAAAGUGGAGAUAAGUUUUGCUGCCAAAAUCCCCAUGCAGGCGAUUGCAAAUGCUCUACGCGGUCAGGAAUCUGAGAACUCCCAAGAAGCAUUGAGAGUUUUGGAUAUCAUUUUAAGGCAGCAUGCUGCAAAGAAGGGUUGCCUACUGGUUCGUCAAUCAUUCUUCGACAAUAAUCCGAGGAAUUUCACUGACGUUGGAGGAGGAGUUCUUGGCUGUCGAGGAUUCCACUCAAGCUUCCGAACCUCUCAGGGAGGCUUGUCUUUGAACAUAGACGUAUCUACAACUAUGAUAAUUCGGCCUGGUCCUGUGGUAGAUUUUCUUAUUGAAAACCAAAAUGUGAAGGAUCCCUUUUCUAUUGACUGGGCAAAGGCAAAACGUGUUCUGAAGAAUUUGAGGAUAACGACAAUCCCUACUAACCAGGAGUACAAAAUUACUGGAUUAAGUGAUAGGCCUUGCAAAGAGCAAUUGUUCUCAUUGAAGCAGAAAAACAAGGAUGAUACUGGUGAAUUUCAAACCACUGAAGUAACAGUAUAUAAUAACUUUAUUAAUAAACAUAACAUUGAUUUGCUAUAUUUUGCUGAUCUUCAUUGUAUCAAUAUCAGAAAGCUGGAGCGUCCAACUNUGCCUUGUAUCAAUGUCGGGAAGCCCAAGCGUCCAACUUACUUCCCUAUCGAGCUAUGUUCAUUGGUGUCCUUGCAACGAUACACCAAAGCUCUAUCCACCUUUCAGAGAGCUUCCCUAGUGGAGAAGUCACGCCAAAAACCGCAGGAGCGGAUGACAACUCUGAGCGGUGCUUUGAAAAGCAAUAACUAUGAUUCAGAGCCUCUGCUUCGUGCAAGCGGCAUUUCUAUCAGCACUAACUUCACUCAGGUUGAUGGCCGCAUUUUACCAACCCCGAAGUUGAAAGCUGGAAAUGGAGAUGAUAUAUACGCUCGAAAUGGAAGGUGGAAUUUUAAUAAUAAGAAAUUUGUGAAUCCGAGCAAGAUAGAAAGAUGGGCUGUUGCCAACUUUUCAGCUCGAUGUGACGUACGAGGCCUUGUCAGGGACUUGAUUAAAGUGGGAGAAAUGAAAGGAAUUAGUGUGGAGCCUCCGUUUGAUGUCUUUGAAGAGAAUGCACAGUAUAGACGGGCUCCACCUCUUGUUCGGGUAGAGAAGAUGUUUGAAGAUAUUCAAUCAAAACUUCCUGGGGCGCCCAAGUUUCUUCUGUGUUUGCUUCCAGAAAGAAAAAACUGUGACAUUUACGGUCCUUGGAAGCGAAAAAAUUUGGCUGAUUUUGGGGUUGUUACCCAAUGCCUGGCACCCACCAGAGUUAAUGAUCAGUAUCUGACUAAUCUUCUGCUGAAGAUCAAUGCAAAGCUAGGUGGCUUGAAUUCUAUCUUAGCCAUUGAACAAACUCCGUCUAUCCCAAUGGUAUCCAAGGUUCCAACCAUAAUACUUGGUAUGGAUGUGUCACAUGGCUCCCCCGGCCAGUCUGAUAUCCCAUCCAUUGCUGCGGUUGUAAGCUCGAGACAAUGGCCAUCAAUCUCUCGUUACCGAGCAUGUGUUCGCACCCAAUCCCCUAAGGUUGAAAUGAUUGAUUCUUUGUAUAAGCGUGUAUCAGACACCGAGGAUGAAGGCAUAAUCAGGGAGCUUUUGCUUGAUUUCUAUGUCAGUUCAGGAAAAAGGAAGCCAGACCAGAUUAUCAUUUUCAGGGAUGGUGUGAGCGAAUCACAGUUCAAUCAAGUUCUCAACAUUGAACUGAACCAAAUAAUAGAGGCUUGUAAAUUUCUGGACGAGAAAUGGAACCCGAAAUUUGUCGUAAUCAUUGCGCAGAAAAAUCACCAUACAAAGUUCUUUCAACCUGGCUCUCCAGACAAUGUGCAGCCAGGAACAAUAAUUGAUAACAAAGUUUGUCAUCCGCGAAACUAUGACUUUUAUCUGUGUGCUCAUGCUGGGAUGAUAGGGACCACUCGACCUACUCAUUACCAUGUUCUGUUAGAUGAGGUUGGUUUCUCACCAGAUGAUCUACAGGAGCUUGUGCACAAUCUUUCUUAUGUUUACCAGAGGAGCACUACUGCUAUAUCUGUAGUUUCUCCUAUCUGCUAUGCUCAUUUGGCUGCCACCCAGUUGGGGCAAUGGAUGAAGUUUGAAGACGCAUCAGAGACGUCAUCAAGCCACAAUGGGGUGACACCUGCUGGUGGUGGUCCUCCUGUGCCACAGAUGCCUAAGUUGCAGGAGAGUGUCCUUCAAGCUGCUGGGCUCUUAACUUGCUACCUUUUGACGUGCCUUUUGGCUGCCUGUCUUUGUAGGGCUGCCAUUGGAACUGUUCUGGGCCUUCUGUAG